CUGUGGCCGAUAGCAGCAAUCGAUUGUUAUAGUAAUCGUAUAGUGGGAUAGCUACGAUUUUUCUAGAUUUUCCUUAAGAUUACAGCAAAAAUUGGAUUGAAUCAAGUUAAGGUAACCAAAGAUUAGAUGGUCUGAAAUCUGGAGCAACUACCGAUUUAAUAAGAAGAAGCACAGCGAGUAUCGCAGUCAAAGCAACGAGAGUCACACGCACGCACACAGACGCAAAAAUUACGUGCAGAGCGCAAUCUAUUUCCCCAUUUUCCACCGAAAAUAAAGCAAGGCAGGCGGAAAAGCUCCCCAAUUGCGACGCAUUUUGCAGAGGAGAGGAAAACUAACCAGUUUAAAUUGCAAAGGAAUAUCCCGAGAAAGAAGAACGCGUAGAAGGAGCCACAACAAUAACUUUGCAGAUCAGCAGAGGAAGAAGAAGCGGCGGCCAGCUGAGAAGUGAAGCGAAGCACGGGCGCAGGGGAUAUCAAGAGUAGGUGCAGGGGCCGAGGAGGAAGCGGAAAAAGAAACAGGCGUAGAGGCGGCGGGCAGCAGCCACCAUGAGCAUGGUGCGGCGGAUUAUCCUGCUGGGCCCCAAGUACAAUGUCUGGGCAAAAGGAAGCGGAGUUAGUCAAACACAGCGCUCGGCAAGAUGUGUUAUUCUGAGCACAAACAGUGAGGAGGUCAGCGUUUGGGGCGUUCGACGCUUCCACCUGGCCACCCGAAACUGCGCCAUCAAUCGACUAGUGAGAUUGGAGCCCGCGAUGGCAAUUCCGGCAUACAUUGACAUUACCAAUGCCACCUCAAGAACGCCAGAGGACUCAAGCGACAGUGCGAGUGGCAGCGGAAGUGGAGCUAGUGCGUCGGGAGGCGGUGGAACUAAGAGUCCGGGCAGUGGUGCUGGAUCUGGAGCAAGUACGACCAGUGGCGCCGAUCCACCAGGCGGUGGCAGCGACAAGUUCCUCUCAUGCCCAAAAUGCGGCAGUGCCUGCACCCAGGUUGAGACAUUUGUCAGCUCAACGCGAUUCGUCAAGUGUGCCAAGUGCAACUACUUCUUUGUGGUGCUGUCCGAAGUGGAGACCAAGCAGCGCACCAAGGAUGAGCCUAAGAACCAGCGCAAGCCACCACCGCCACCACAGAAGAUCAUGGAGUAUCUUGACAAACAUGUGGUCGGCCAGGACUUUGCCAAAAAGGUGCUGGCUGUGGCGGUCUACAACCACUACAAGCGCAUCCACCACAACCUGCCGCAGCUUCAACAGCAAGGAGGAGGUGCCAGUAAUGGAUCAGGCGGCCUGGAUGGGGUUCCACGACCUGACCUGCUACAUAUUACCGGAAUCGGCCACACACUGAACAGCUCCCCGGGCAACGAACUGCCACCAAAGCCUGCUCAAAUGGGUCUGGGCGGUGGAAUGGGAGGUCCUGGACUUGGGAGCGGACUCACCGGCGCAGGAUCCAGCAAUGUACGUGGAGGUGGCGACCACAGAGCCGGAUCGGAAAUUCUUGACCGACAGUCGAGCGAUGUCAAGCUGGAGAAGAGCAACAUCAUCAUGUUAGGCCCAACAGGAUCUGGUAAAACACUGAUCGCCCAGACGAUCGCCAAGUGCCUGGACGUGCCCUUCGCCAUCUGUGACUGCACCACGCUGACACAGGCUGGUUAUGUGGGCGAGGACAUCGAGAGUGUAAUUUCAAAGCUUCUGCAGGAUGCCAACUACAACGUGGAGCGUGCCCAGACGGGCAUUGUUUUCCUCGAUGAGGUGGACAAGAUCGGUGCCGUCCCUGGAAUCCACCAGCUUCGCGAUGUUGGAGGCGAAGGCGUCCAGCAGGGCAUGCUCAAGAUGCUCGAAGGCACUGUGGUCAAUGUGCCAGAACGCAAUUCCCCGCGUAAGCUGCGUGGCGAAACGGUCCAAGUGGAUACUACAAACAUCCUCUUCGUGGCAUCUGGUGCCUACACAGGACUGGACAGGUUAAUUGCACGUCGCCUCAACGAGAAGUAUUUGGGUUUCGGCAUGCCUUCGACCAGCGGAUCUGGCCGUCGUGCAGCUCAAUCAGCCGCCAGUCCCAUGGACAACGAUCAGGAGGAGCGUGAUAAAUGCUUGACCAAAGUGCAGGCACGUGAUCUCGUUGAGUUCGGCAUGAUACCGGAAUUCGUUGGUCGCUUCCCGGUAAUCGUACCCUUCCACAGUUUGAACGUCAGCAUGUUGGUGCGCAUCCUGACCGAACCACGAAACGCUCUUGUGCCUCAGUACAAGGCGUUACUGGGCCUUGAUGAAGUGGAUCUUACCUUCACUGAGGACGCAGUAAAGUCGAUAGCUCAGCUGGCUAUGGAGAGGCAUACGGGAGCUCGUGGACUGCGCUCCAUAAUGGAGCAACUGCUGCUGGAUCCUAUGUUCAUAGUGCCGGGUUCAGAUAUUCGGGGGGUACACAUAACUGCCGAUUAUGUUAAGGGCAGUUCUUCACCUGAAUACAGCCGUGAUGCGGACGCCACGGCAUCCGGGACCGUUACCACAGACUCCGAUACCACAACCGAUAAUGAUAAGAACUUUGAGAAUAGUGAGAAAGUACGACUAAAACAGUAAAUCAGACAGAGAAACCCACAUCCAAAGCCAACCAAAACAGAAAUCGAGACAAAGCUUAAGCAGAAAUCUUUCAAUUCGAAACGCUUUUCAAAUUGUUGAUUUAUUUUGAAACUCUUUCUGUCUUUUUAUAUCUCUUCAGCUUGUUUAAUUUGUCCAAUUGCUUGAUUUUUGAAUCAACAGCGUUUUUUUCUACUCAAGAAUUAACAUUUGCAAACACGAUUUAAUGUUGAAAGAUACUAUAAUUUUUCGUACUCUAACAUGUAUAUUUAUUAGCCUUGUUUAAAUGAUAAAUUGGUUGGUUCACCUUAGAUCCCUUCCACGAACCCCGUAACUCUGUAAAAUAUGACCCGCUGGGGAGUGAAUGAAUGCUCCGGCAUAUAUUUAUAAUGAAUAUCCUCAAUCCCAAUAUGCAUCUGUGAUUCAGAAUCGACGAGCAGCGCAAUCUUGUAAGCCCGAAGCAAUUGUAAGUGGAAUAAUAACAAAUCCUAAAGAGAAUUGUAAAAUGAAUAAAAUACAUUUUCAACAUAA